AUGAUAAAGGUCAGGUCACCCAUAUUUGGUUACCUUACAAAGGCCUCAAAGGGAGUAUGUCUCCCUCUCUUGGGAACCUCACAUAUCUCUCCCACCUCAAUCUCUCCCACAAUUCACUUUCAGGUCCUCUCCCAAAGGGAUUCUUUUCGUCCUUGAAUCAACUCAAGGUCCUUGAUUUGAGCUACAACCAUCUGUUUGGAGAUGCAUCUGGCUUGCCUGACUCCAUUCAAAUAGUUGACAUAUCUAGCAAUCACUUCAAUGGGAUGGUGCAAUCUUCAUUUCUUCAAAGAGCAUGGAGGUUGGUAGAGCUCAAUGUCAGCAACAAUAGUUUCACGGGCCCUAUUCUUCCCUCUCCUUGCAUCAAUUCUUCUUUUGUCAAGCUCCUCGAUUUCUCUUAUAAUGAUCAUAGUGGCCAAAUUCCUUGGGGACUAGGGGCAUGUUCCAAACUGAAGGUUUUUCGGGCAGGUUUUAACUCUCUCUCUGGGCUACUUCCUCAUGACAUAUACAGUGCUACAAGGUUAGAAGAAAUCUCAUUACCUUCUAAUCAUCUUUCCGGACUUAUUAGCAAUGACAUUGUGAACCUUACCAAAAUCACUAGCAUUGAUUUGUAUGGCAAUAAAUUGAGUGGAAAGGUUCCUAUGAAUAUUGGAAAGCUCUCAAAAUUAAAGUACUUGCUCCUUGAUUUGAACUCCUUAUCAGGUUCUCUACCCCCAUCUUUGGUGAAUUGCACAAAUCUUAAAAAAUUGAUUUUACGAGACAAUUUCCUGGAAGGAGAUAUCUCCACCUUUAAUUUCUCUAGUCUUCCCCAACUUACUAUAAUUGACUUGGGGAUUAAUCGCUUCUCCGGUAAUUUGCCAGUAAGCCUUUACUCAUGCAAGUCCCUAGUAGCAAUUCGACUUGCCAGAAACAGACUGGAAGGACAAAUCGUACCUGAGGUGGUUCAGUUGAAAUUCUUGUCUUUCCUUUCACUUUCUUACAAUAGGCUAACCAACAUCACAGGGGCAAUCAAGAUUCUGAUGCGUUGCAAGAAUCUCAGUAUAGUCAUGCUUGGAGGAAAUUUUCUACACGAGGCAAUGCCAGGUGAUGACAGUAUAGUUGGUUCCAAUGGAUUUGAAAAUAUCAGAGUUCUAGGUCUUGGUGAAUUUCCCAAAGAACUUUGUUCAAUGCCAGCAUUAGUAUCAGUAGAGGCUUCGGGAGAAAAUACUGCUUUGAAUUUACCAAUUUUAGGAAGAAAUAAUGGAAGCUUUGCUCAGUUCAAUGUUCUGUCGAAUGUGCAACCAACAAUAUUUGUUGCAAACAACAGUCUCCACGGCAACAUUCCCGUUGAAAUUGGUCGUUUGAAGCUGCUUAAUCAACUGGAUUUUAGUCAUAACAGUUUCUCAAGCAAUAUUCCAGGUCAAAUAUCUGAGCUUACAAACCUGGAAAGAUUGGACCUCUCUGCAAAUCAGUUGUCGGGUGAAAUACCAGCAUCACUAACUAGUUUGCAUUUCCUGUCUCAUUUUAGUGUUGCAUACAAUAAUCUACAUGGACCAAUACCACAAGGCACUCAGCUCCAGAGCUUUGGUGCCUCUGCAUAUGAGGGCAAUCCUGGACUUUGUGGUCUCCCACUUCUAGAGUGUGCCCAUAUUGUUAGCAGUAAUGGAGGCAAGGACAUUCAAAAUGAGGAAGAUAGGCUUGGAUUGCCAUGGUUUCCAAUUUGUGUGGUUCUCGGCUUCAUUACAGGAUUUUGGGGCGUUUGUGGUCCUUUAAUUUUUAGCUAUAACUGGAGAGUUGCAUAUUUCCAAUUUUUCGACAAUGUAAAAGAUAGGUUCUACGUCAAACUAGUAGUGUUGUUGGCCAGAUUACACAGAAGGUUAUGAGUGUAUAAUCUUCUUCCUUUACAGUUACAUAUUGGUCCCUCUAAAGGUUGUCAUCAAUUUGGUUU